UUGGGGCUGAAUUUAGGAUCAAAGUUAAGUUCAUACUUAACAGGAGUGAAAAACAUGGUAGCUUUCCGUAUUCUCACAACAAAAAUUACAGUCAGCCCUCAUGCUUUGACCUUAAGAAACCCCUGUUGAGUCAUUCCUUUCCUGAGGGUUUUGGGGGUUUAAGCCGGCGGUGCAACGACGAACGAUUCCGCCACAACAAGCCUAGCGACACCAUCACUGCCAGCUUCGAAUCCGAUUGCUCCUCCGGCACCAGCUAGGAUGUCCACUUCGGAGUCGAAACUCCAAGACGCAGAAUCAAAAGCCGCCGCCACUAAAACCCUGGAAGAUCAACCACAAUCGGGUUCCUCAAAUCGGUCUGAGGAAAAAUAUUCCGAGGAAUCAGCCCAAUCAGGAAGGAUUCCCGAAAGUGGAGGUGGAGAUGAAGAAGGAGAGGAUCUAGAAGAGGAAGAGGAGGGGGAAUGUGGGUUUUGCUUGUUUAUGAAAGGGGGUGGUUGCAAGGAUAGCUUCAUAGAGUGGGAGAAGUGCAUUGAGGAGGCGGAGAAGAACAAGGAGGAUAUUGUAGAGAAGUGCUUUGAAGUAACCGGGGCUCUGAAGAAAUGCAUGGAGGCUCAUGCGGAUUAUUACGAGCCGAUUCUGAAGGCGGAGAAAAUGGCAGAGGAGGAAGCGAUUAUUGAAUUGGAGAAGGAAAUAACUCCAAAUGCUACCCAGCAAAAUUCGAAUUCCAAAGACCUGGAGGUAAAUCCGGGUUCCGAGAAUUUGGAAGAACAGAAGGCCUCUGCUGGAGGUAAGUGAAGUUGGUUGCUGCUCGUUAGAUCUGAUUCCUGAGGCGGAAAACAUUAUUUUUUUAGAGUAUUUUAGUUUCUAGUCUAUCUUUUAACAGGCUGUGGAAGAUAUCUUCCUUAAACUCUUUGUCUUAGUGCAACGGAAGCUGAUAAUUUUA